AUGAACUUCUGGACAUGUUGCAACGACGACAGCAAAGAGGAGCACGUUCCAAAUGCACAAUGGCCACAGCCACGCAGCUCUGUGGCUCAAAGAGAAAAUGUUUCUAACAACUUGCAGCCCUCGAUAAGCGGAGCGAGUUUUCACGGUGAACAUGAAUAUGGUGUUAUGUCCAUAAAAAAUAAUCACACCCGUCGAAACUUUGUCCUGCUUGUAACCUUGGGGGCCAGCAAUAGUGAAAACUCGACCGAACCAGUGGACCUGAGCGACAUCAAUGAGAGACACGUCGCCAGUCAAGCUAAAGCCUGCUAA